AUGGUGUUCGACGCACGUCUCGGGUACGACCCGGACGAGUGGGAGGAGUGUCCGGAGCCGGAGCAUUUUCUGGUAUUUUCCGGGUUCACUCGCUACUUGCUCACCAUCGGAGCCAUCGCUUUUGUCUACUAUUUCUUCAAGCUUUUGGAUGACAAGAAUAAGAAGGAUUCUGGAGACAAAAAAGGAGAAGAAGAGCAAGAGGCACAAACUUCGGUAUCGCACGUUCUAGCAGCGGCUAGUGAAAAGUUGCAUGAGAAAGUGAAAUUCUUCCAGCAACACAUUCCGGAAUCCGCUGAAGAACUCGUUCGUGAGGCAGACCAAUAUCUGAAGGAAGCGGCGCUUACAGUUCAGAACAAUGUCCAACAGUUUGCGGAGAACAAGUUCCCAAGUUUGGAAGUGGGCUUGAAUGUUGGCGCCGCCAUCGACGCGACCAAAGAGAAAUUCGACUCGGUUCUCCACUCCGUCGACCACCAUCUCCACCAAACCAAAAACAUGGAUCUAUCCCCAACAUCUCGGGAUUCCACCCAAUUCGAACAGAUCCCAUCGAUCGCCCCCGACUCUCCGCCUUUUGCCCAUGACUUUGAGCACGUUCCACCCCAUCUCAAAAAGGCUGCUGAGCAAUACUAUGCUCAGCAACAACCACCACCAGUGCCCCAACACAAAUCACUGGUUCAGCCAAUUCCAAUCAGUCCAACCGAUCAGAAGCUUCUAUCUGAAUUUGAUAUCUAUGAUGUGCCAACGGACCAAAGAAUGAAUCAACUCUCGGAGCAACUUGGGCAACUCGGACGGCCACAGCAGCCUCUUGGCAUUCAAAUCCAGCCACAAUACCAGCCAAACUUCGAUUUCACCCAGCUAUCCCCUGGAUCCUUGGCUAGAUACCAGCAACAGCAAUACGUGGACAUCUCUCAGUUAUCCCCAGGAGCUCGAGCUCUCAUCGCGGAGCAACAAAUGGCUCAGCAAGCCGGAGCAUUCCAACCUGUCACACCCAAAAAGAUCAAUAGGGAGAAGCGUCUGAGUGAGCAAGAUGAGCGGGCUCUCCAGGACUGGGAAAAAGAGAAAGCGCUCCUGGAAGCUGAUCGACUCAAGAAACUUUUGGAUCAUGAAGUCGGUGGAGACUCGAACACCGAUCUGUCGACUUCCCAGAAAGCUUACGAGCAUUUUGCGCCAGCAUCUCAUAUCUCGUAUGAUAGUCAUUCUGGAGCAGCACAGAUGCAACCUCUUGACACCCCAAUCGCCGCAAAACGUGCCGAACAACAACACCAGCACAUCGCACCACCACCUUCAACCACCAACAUCCGCGACUCCCAACUCACCGACUACGACAUCAGCGACUUCCACGCCCACGACGAACCCCACUAUCAUACCGUUCUGACUCCUCAACAGCUCCAACAACAACAGCAAACGCGCCCCAGCGCCAUCCAAGAGGAACGCCGUAGAACCACCGCCGAUUCAGAUGACUAUGUGAAAGUGUCGGAGCCGAUCUAUGAUUAUCCGCCAAAGGCUGGAGAGCCAGUACCAGUGAAGAGGAUCAGUCCAACAGAAGCUGCCCAAUUACAGGAACUGUAUCAGGAAUAUGAUUUGGGAUUGGACCUACCAGGAGUGGCGCCGAUUGGCAAGCCACCUCAAGGACGGCCAGCGUUGGUUCAUCAGCAGCAAGGUCCUCUUGCCCAAGGGGUGGUCACCCGCCAAAACUCUGUCCCCGAAUCCCCACGAACCGUUAUCAAUGUCCCCAUCAGCCGAAAGGGUCAUGAGGUCCCCAUCCAGUUCUCCUACAACGUCCCCAUCCAAGGAUCAGGACCCCAAAACGAUGACCCCAAAAACCUGGCCACCGCGGAUUUGUACGUUCAAGAUGCCAUGGAAUACAUUGGACAGCAGAACCAACCGGACAAGUUUAUCAUGGAAGAGGAGAUGUUGAGUGCGCACGAGCACCUCCAGCAGAAGAAUAAGAGAAAACUGGCGCCAAAGAAUCCGUCAUUCGAGGCGACAAGUCGUCAAGUGAAAACGAAUGAUGUAUUCGAAAGAGUUGAACAUGAUGAGCACGAUGAUAUGACAUAUGCUCCGGAGAUUCAAAGUGUCGAAAUCCCACCGGAUCAGAUGAGUGAGACGAGCGAGAAUAUGAUUGAUUACUUCGAUAAGGUCGCCGCGGAGAGUGAACUACAGAUUCAAAAUCUCCAGCAACAACAACAAAACACUCUCAAAAAGCAAUCAAAACCGAUUCUAAUUCCCGACUCGUCGCUGUUGAAGCCCGUCGGACGGGCUCCACAAAUCCUCCCAGCAUUUGGCAACCGCGCUCCAUCGAACUCCUCUCUUGGCUCUGAUCGUCGGUCGGGUUCAGGAGUGAGCAGCAGCGAUGUCUAUCCAUACCGCCACCUUCGGAAGCAAUCAUCAUUGUUGUCCGUAUUGGGAGUGACCUCAAUGCAAGAGAUGCUUCUGACCAUCACCAGUUUGGAUUCUUUGUCCGAGGCGAUGAGAAAAGCUGGAUUGGAAACUACAAACCUGAUCUUUGGAAUCGAUUACACCGCAAGUAACAAAUAUCAAGGAGAGGAGUCAUUCGGUGGCCGCAGUCUUCAUACAAUUCAUCCCCAUGUUAAAAACCCUUAUCAGCAAGUUAUCACUAUCCUCGGCAGAACAUUGGCACCGUUUGCUGGACAGGGAAAACUGGGAGUUUAUGGAUUCGGAGACGCGAAGACUGGCGAUUGGAGUGUGUUUAAUUUGAAGGGCGAGGGUGACUGCAGAAGUUUGGAUGAGGUUCUGAAUAUUUAUAAUACCGUAACCCCAAGUGUCGCGCUCUCCGGACCCACCAACUUUGCGCCGUUGAUCUAUCAAGCGAUGGAGAUUUGUCAGAAGUCGAGAGAUUACCACAUUCUCGUAAUCAUUGCCGACGGACAAGUAACAAACGAGCGAGCCACACGACGAGCGAUCGUUCAAGCCUGCCAACAUCCAUUAUCCAUUAUUGUCGUUGGAGUUGGAGAUGGACCAUGGGAUAUGAUGAGGAUAUUCGACGAGUCGCUUCCAAAACGGCCAUGGGACAACUUCCAUUUCGUUGAGUUCCAUGACAUUAUCAAAAAGUCCACUUCGUUGGAGGAUGGUGAUGUGAAGGUUGCUGUACAGUCGUUGUUGGAGAUUCCCGAUCAGUAUAGAUGCAUUUGCGAACUUGGUCUUCUCGACCGGUCCAUCCCUCCGCGUGGCAGCGAGAUUCGACGCGAAAUGAUGCACAAUCCGUUGUAA